AUGUAUCACCAGCUGCGCAUACGGAAGGAGGAUACGAACGCCCAGAGGUUCCUGUUCCGGAACGACCCAACGGCCGAGCCUGAGGUGUACAUCAUGGACGUCGCCACCUUCGGGGCAACUUGCUCGCCGUGUGCCGCGCAGUUUGUGAAAAACAAGAACGCGGAGGAGUUCUCGAAGCAGUAUCCCGCGGCGGCGAAGGCAAUCGUGGAGAACCAUUAUGUCGACGACUACUACGACAGCGCGUCGACGGUCGACGAAGCGAUUCAGCGGGCGAAGGAGGUCAGACUCAUCCACUCGAAAGCGGGCUUUGAGAUCCGCAAUUGGGUGGCCAGUUCAAGCGAGGUUGUCCGCGCGCUGGGCGAGAAGAAAGCCGAUCAGAAAGUUCAUCUCAGCCAAAACAAGACGACCGGUUACGAACGAGUGCUGGGCAUUGUGUGGAACACUAGCACCGACGAGUUCUUGUUCUCUGCCGAGAUGAGAGAGGAUCUGGAGCGGUACUUGAAAGGAGAGCUGCGGCCCACGAAGCGGGUGGUGUCGAGCUGCGUUAUGAGCCUGUUCGACCCUCAAGGUUUUCUGAUCUCGUUCACGAUCUUCGGGCGGAUUUUGAUCCAGGACUUGUGGCGGGCUGGCUGUGAUUGGGACAAGGCGGUCGACGACGAAGCGGGCGCGCACGAUCUGAACUACGAGACGUUGGAGCUUCAUGUGUUCUGCGACGCGAGUCAGUGCGCUUACGGUGCUGUCGCCUUCUUCUGGAUUAUGUCGUCGGUAGGCCCAAUCUGCGCGCUCGUGUCCGGGAAGUCAAAGGUGGCACCGCUGAAGCUACUCAGCAUCCCGCGCUUGGAACUGCAGUCAGAUGUGGUCGGCUCGAGACUCAUGAACUUCGUGCAGGAGAACCACACCCUCAAGAUUGCGGAACGGUUCAUCUGGUCAGACUCUGAAGUUGCUUUGUCGUGGAUCCAUUCUGACCAGCGAAAGUAUAAGCAAUUCGUUGCCUUUCGCGUCGGCGAAAUUCUGACGCUGACCAAGCAGAGCGAGUGGCGGAAGGUGCCAUCAAAGCUGAAUCUGGCAGACAUGCUCACCAAGUGGGACAACAAGCACAGUUUCCGGCAGGACGGGCCAUGGUCACGAGCGCCGGAAUUCAUCGAAGAAGCCAAGAGACUGUGGGACAUCUCGAAGCAGCAGGUGCAGCUGAACACGCCCGAGGAGAUGCGAGCGAGUGUGCUGUACCACAGCAUCAUUGUCACCGAGCAAAUCAUCAAUCCUCAAAACUUCUCUCGCUGGACGGUGAUGGUAAGAUCCGUGGCGUGCCUGGCUCGAUUUCGCUCCAAUUGUCGCAGAAAAGCAAAGGGUUUGCCGAUCGAAGCACUUCCCCUUUCGAAGGCGAUGAAGGGGCUCGUGAAAAAGACCGUGCCAGUAGUUCCAGUCCCGCUGAAGCGGGAAGAAUACCAGAUGGCGGAAACAUACUUGUGGAGAUGGGCGCAAGCGGGCUACUUUCCGGACGAGGUGACGACCCUCCUUAAAAACCUCGAACUCCCCGCGGACAAGAAGCUAUCCUUGGAGAAGAGCAGCGUGCUGUACAAGCUGACCCCGUUCCUGGAUGAGCAGAAAGUGAUGCGAGUUGACGGUCGACUUGAGCGAGCUACCAUGGUUCCGUUUGAAGUUCGCUUUCCCGUCAUCCUGCCCAAAGGUCAUCCCGUGACAACGAAGCUGCUGGAGCACUAUCACCAGAAGAUGGGCCACGCGUACUUCGAGACGGCAAUCAACGAGCUUCGACAGCGUUUCUUCAUCCCGAACCUACGAGCCGAGCUGAAGCGGGUGAUGACGGCGUGCGUGAAGUGCAAGGUGGAGAAAAGCGUACCGGCGAUCCCGAGAAUGGCACCACUUCCAGUCCAGCGUGUGACUCCAUAUCAGCGGGCGUUCAGCUACACCGGGUCGACUACUUCGGCCCAGUAG